AUGGUCACUUUUAACUGUGAGGUCUGUAACGAUACUGUUCCUAAGAAGAAUACAGAAAAGCAUUACUACCGUUGUCCGGAGGCAUAUUACACAUGUAUUGAUUGUUCCAAGACCUUUGAAGAUGGUGUAAGUUACAAACAGCACACGUCAUGUAUCAGCGAGGAUGAAAAGUAUCAAAAGGCAUUGUUCAAGAGGAAGAAGCAAAAGCCAAAGCAACAGAAUCAAAAUCAAAAUCAAAAUCAAAAGCCAAAGGUUACAGUAGAGAAGAAGGUAGACGAAAAACCUGCUAAGGAAAAUAAAAAGAAAUCUGAAAAGGUCGAGAAAACGAAGAAAGUACAACUGCAGGCUGGUCAGUCAUUAUACAAAAUUUUGAAGAAUAUUAAGGACAAAGAUGACAAGAAGAAAUUCUUAAAGAAUUUAGUUGUUAACGAGAACGGUAACUUGGUCUUACAGGACGCUUAA